AUCGUUGUAAUACAAAUACUACCUGUAUCUUAAAGACUUUACACUGAGUUGGACUCAAAACACCUAAAAAUGAGCUCUUCUGACAUGAAGAUCAUCACUGUGAUCGGCAGUGGGCUGAUUGGCCGCUCCUGGGCCAUGGUGUUUGCCAGUGGAGGCUACAGUGUGAAGAUCUAUGACAACCAACCUGGACAAUCAGCAAAAGCCAUUGCAGAGAUCAAGAAGCAGCUGCAGGAGCUGGAGGACGCCCACAUGCUGAGGGGCGAGCUGAGCGCCUCCCAGCAGCUCAGUCUGAUCAGCAGCUACGAUGACCUGACUCAGGCUCUAGAGGGAGCCUUCUUUGUCCAGGAGUGUGUAUUUGAGCAGCUCGAGGUGAAGCAGAGCAUAUUUCAGGACAUCGAGCGUCUUGUGGGGAAAGUUGUGAUCCUGAGCAGCUCUACCUCCUGCCUGGUGCCGAGCAACGUCUUCUCCAAAGUGCAGAUCAGGAGCCGCUGCCUCGUCUCCCAUCCGGUAAACCCACCCUACUAUGUCAAACUGGUGGAGCUGGUACCUCACCCAGAGACAGCAGCUGCCGUUAUGGACACCACCCACACCCUGAUGACCAAGGUUGGCCAGGCGCCCGUCCGUCUGAGAAAAGAGAUUGAUGGCUUUGCCCUCAACAGAGUCCAGGCAGCCAUAAUUGCAGAGUCAUGGAGGCUGGUCCAGGAUGGCAUUAUCUCAGUGAAGGACAUUGACCUGGUGAUGUCAGAGGGACUAGGAAUGCGUUAUGCCUUCAUAGGUCCCAUGGAAACAAUGCACCUCAAUGCGCCUGAAGGUUUGGAAGACUACAUGAAGCGAUAUGGAGAGGGCAUCCAGAGGGUCCUGACUUCUUUUGGACCUGUACCUGAUUUCCGUGCUGAGGGAUCCAAGAGCAUCGUUAAUGAGAUGUGUGAGCUGAUCCCUAGCGAUCAGCAGCAUCUGUCGGCCAGGAAGGACAGGAGGGACCAGCUCCUCAUGGGUCUGGCCAAGCUAAAGAAGGACCACUAAGAUCUGCAGUGAGGGGCCCAAAAUCAGCAACAGUGUCAUUGUAAUGAGAAUGAUCAUGAUCUCUGCAAAAGGGUGUUACUUUGUUUUUCUUUUAAAAUCUGUGACAUUUGGUAAACAUAAUGUUAUUAGACAUUUGAUAAAAAUUUAAAUGUGAAGAAUAAUUUCUUGGAGUGCUAGAGAUGGUUAUUUGUUCAGCAAUGUGAAACAUUUUUGCUCUCAAAGUGCCCUUUACACAGACAGAAGAUAUGAGUUACUGUCUAUUAAGACCCAGGGAUCUACAGCACAUUUUAUCUUCUCGUCUACAUCUCUGUGUCAUUCAGUGUUGCACGCCGCAUUAAUGGUCUCUUGUGUAAACAAAUUCCGCAACAAAUGUGAAAUAAUGUUUUGAUUAAUAAAAACAAUGAAAUCAUU